GUUUUGGUUUCAGUGUUUUCGUUAGUCUAAAACACAAUUUUACUAGUAAAUACAUUGAAUGUUUAACAAAUAUUAAUAGAAAACAUGUCGACGAAAAUCAUGAAAGCGGGAGGCACCGAGCCCGAUGUCUUCGAGACCCAAGUUGCCCAAGCCAUUUUGGAGCUGGAAAUGAACUCCGACUUGAAGGCCCAACUUAGGGAAUUGCAUAUUACUAAAGCCAGGGAAAUCGAACUUAACAACAAGAAGUCGAUUAUCAUCUAUGUGCCGAUGCCAAAACUUAAAAAGUUCCAAAAGAUUCAGACCAGGCUGGUCCGUGAAUUGGAAAAGAAAUUCAGCGGAAAGCACGUCGUCUUUGUUGGCGAGCGCAAGAUCCUUCCUAAGCCAACCAGGAAGACCCGCAACAAGAGCAAGCAGAAGCGCCCACGCUCUCGCACCCUGACUCACGUUUACGAUGCCAUUUUGGAGGAUCUGGUUUAUCCUGCUGAAAUCGUAGGCAAGCGUAUCCGUGUAAAACUUGACGGCUCCCAGCUCACCAAGGUUCAUUUGGACAAAAACCAACAAACCACGAUUGAGCAUAAGGUGGACACAUUUUCGUCUGUCUACAAGAAACUCACAGGCAGGGAGGUCACUUUUGAGUUCCCUGAACCUUACUUGUAAUUGAUACAGUGAUUCAAUAAAUAACUAUUUGGAAAU